CGGCGGCGGCGGCGGCGGCUGCGGGCACCCGACCCGGCGCGCUCUGCCCGGGCGCCCGCCGAGCUCCGGCACGCUCUAUGAGCCUCUGCGGGCUCCGAGGGCCCCGGCCAUGGCGAUAGACCGGCGGCGCGACGCGGCGGGCGGCGGGUCCGGGCGGCAGCCGCCUCCGGCCGAGGAGAAUGGCUCCCUGCCGCCCGGGGACUCCGCGGCCUCCGGGCCCCUCGGGGGACGCGCGGGCCCUGGCGGCAGCGCGGAGAUCCAGCCGCUGCCCCCGCUGCCCCCGGCCGGCAGCAGCGCGCACUCGAGCUGCUGCUCGGCGGCGGCCCCGAGCCUCCUGUUGCUGGACUACGACGGGUCGGUGCUGCCCUUCCUGGGGGGCCUGGGCGGGAGCUACCAGAAGACCCUCGUGCUACUCACCUGGAUCCCCGCGUUGUUCAUCGGCUUCAGCCAGUUCUCGGAUUCCUUCCUUCUGGACCAGCCCAACUUCUGGUGUCGUGGGGCCGGCAAAGGUGGUGAGGCGGCCGGGGCUACUGUCACCGGCCGGUGGGGUGACGUGAACAAUUGGACCAGCCCCCCGACCACCCCUUUCUUCCCUGCCGCCUGGGGGGCCGCGGGCAACCGGAGCAACAGCAGCAGUCCGGACGGGGGGGACACGCCACCUCUCCCGUCGCCUCCGGACAAGGGGGACAACGCUUCUAACUGCGACUGCCACGCGUGGGACUAUGGCAUCCGCACCGGCCUGGUCCAGAACGUGGUCAGCAAGUGGGAUCUUGUGUGUGAUAAUGCCUGGAAGGUCCAUAUCGCUAAGUUCUCCUUACUGGUUGGAUUAAUCUUUGGCUACCUAAUAACUGGAUGCAUUGCUGACUGGGUUGGCCGGCGGCCUGUGCUGCUGUUUUCCAUCAUCUUCAUUCUGAUCUUUGGACUGACUGUAGCACUCUCAGUGAAUGUGACAAUGUUCAGCACACUCAGGUUCUUUGAAGGAUUUUGCUUGGCUGGAAUAAUUCUCACCUUGUAUGCAUUACGGAUAGAGCUGUGCCCACCUGCAAAACGGUUCAUGAUCACAAUGGUAGCAAGCUUCAUGGCCAUGGCGGGCCAAUUCCUCAUGCCCGGGCUGGCUGCCCUGUGCCGAGACUGGCAAGUGCUGCAGGCCUUGAUCAUCUGCCCCUUCCUGCUCAUGCUGCUGUACUGGUCGAUAUUCCCCGAGUCCCUCCGGUGGCUGAUGGCUACCCAGCAGUUUGAGUCUGCAAAGAAGUUGAUCCUGCACUUCACACAGAAGAACUGCAUGAGCCCUGAGAGCGAUAUCAAGGGUGUGAUGCCAGAGCUGGAGAAGGAGCUUUCCCGAAGGCCCAAGAAGGUGUGCAUUGUGAAGGUGGUGGGGACCCGAAACCUGUGGAAGAACAUCGUGGUCCUGUGUGUGAACUCGCUGACAGGGUACGGCAUCCACCACUGCUUUGCAAGGAGCAUGAUGGGCCACGAGGUGAAGGUGCCACUCCUAGAGAACUUCUAUGCCGACUACUAUACCAUGGCCAGCAUUGCACUGGCCUCCUGCCUGGCCAUGUGCAUGGUGGUCAGAUUCCUUGGACGCAGGGGAGGGCUACUGCUCUUCAUGAUCCUCACUGCCUUGGCCUCCCUCCUGCAGCUUGGGCUCCUCAACUUGAUCGGAAAAUACAGCCAGCAUCCAGACUCAGGGAUGAGUGACAGCGUCAAGGACAAGUUCUCCAUUGCAUUUUCUAUCGUGGGCAUGUUUGCAUCCCACGCAGUGGGCAGUCUCAGCGUGUUCUUCUGUGCAGAGAUAACACCCACGGUGAUAAGGUGUGGUGGGCUGGGGCUGGUGCUGGCCAGUGCAGGCUUUGGUAUGCUGACAGCACCCAUCAUUGAGCUGCACAACCAGAAAGGCUACUUCCUACACCACAUCAUCUUUGCCUGCUGCACACUCAUCUGUAUCAUCUGCAUCCUGCUGCUGCCGGAGAGCAGGGACCAGAACCUGCCUGAGAACAUCUCCAAUGGGGAGCACUACACUCGGCAGCCACUGCUGCCCCACAAGAAGGGGGAACAGCCGCUCCUGCUCACCAACGCUGAGCUCAAGGAUUACUCGGGCCUGCACGACACAGCUGCUACAGGUGAUGGGCUGCCUGAGGGUGCCACAGCCAAUGGCAUGAAGUCCAUGUAGCUGGCCAAGAACUGCUGCCAUCCUGCAAGUCCCUGGGACUCAAGAGGCUUGAGGGAGCUCAGACACAGAUUCACAGACCAGGGAGCACCAUGGCAAGGGGAAGAAAGCCCAGCUCUGCUGCUGAGGCCAUCCAGUCGUGAGACUUUUGAGUGGUGUGGGGAAGUCCUCUUUCCAAAUGUCCAAGAAGUGGGAUGAAGGAAACAGACUCUGGAAAUAAUCCUUCAAGACUUUUCUUUUCUGCCAUUAAAUGUUGGUAUUUAUUUUGGUCAUUUUUACAAGAAGCACUUUAUUUCCUUCCCUCUCACCGAUCAUAAGGUGGAACCCCCUUCAGGAGUGAGGCCAGGGCCUCUGCAGGGAUGGAAGCACCCAGGAGUGAGCCGCACCACAAUCAGCCUCCGGGCUGGAGGUCCUAAUGGCUCCUCACCCUCCAGCUGCCCCUGGCACUCACCGGACACACCUGGAUCUGCCACGCAGGCCACCCACCAUGGAUGGACAUGACACCCUUGGGGAAAUCUCUGGGGACUAUGUAUUAGACACGAAGUGGACCCAGGUUAGGGUUUUGCUAAUCUGUAUGUUGUAAAAAAAAAAAAAAAAAAAAAAAAAGUCCCUCUCUUUUCUCUUUUUUGUUUGUAAGGAAGUUUCUAUGCCAUGUAGGGGAAACAGCUCCUGGAUAUCAUCAAAACCAGCUUAUCCCUCAUUCCUUCUGUACCAUCACUUGUACUUGAUGCUUUACCAGAAAUCCAAAAUGAUCAGCGAUAUUAUCCACCAGGUUUCUGACACUAGGUUUGCUCAGUUAAAAAAACAGCAACAAAAAACACAAGUAACAAAUGUGUUGGGGCCUGAGACAUUCAUUUUUAUUAAAACCCCUUCCCAGAUUUUGCUCCAACAGAGCAAUUCCCUCCUCCAAUCAGCUUUUUUGUCAGCACUACUUGAAAAUGUGGCUAUUGUGUGGACUAUAAUGACAGGAAAAUAAUUGAGGAAGAUGACUAAGGCAAGUCCCAGGAGGAAACCUUGCUCUCCCACAUGUGGCCAUCAUCCACGUCCAGAACACACAGCACAGAGAGCAGCAGCUUGGAUGGCUGGCAUUCUCUGGGGAUCCCAGAGUCUACAGCACUAAGGAGACCAUCCUCUCAUGUCUUCCUCUCCACUUCCUGCCUGUCACUCACUCAGCACAGAAGGGCCUAGGACAGGAGUGCAGAUUGCUCACAGUCCAGUCCACAUGGUCUCUAGCCUCUCGAGAGAAGCAAGAAGUGAGAAAGCAAUAACUCACCAAAGCUCAACUCCCAUGCUGCCCUCUCCCAGGGUUCUCAUUAUGUUCCUCAUUUUGCCCUAGGCAGCAGAACACUUGGGGCUGCUAAGAAACCUGCUUGCUCUGCACAGACAAGCACUGCUUUGUAGCAACUCAGACUCCUGCUUUUCUGGACAG